AUGUAUAAAAUUUAUAUGAGGUCAAACAAUUAUUUUAGCAGUAAACAAUAUAAUUUGGCAAAUCCAUUGUUUGGAGGAUUGUCCAAUAUCAAUGCGCAGGACACUAAUCGCAUCCACGUCACUACAAGUCUUAAAUUUCCCCCCGCAGCUGCAUUGAAGUUGCCGACAAAUGUCGUCGAUAUAAAUGCAUCAGAAACGGGUCGAUUUUCGCCACUGAGGGAACGAGAUAUUUCUGGUCCAGUUAUCAGUUCUUGUUACAAAAAACAAAUUGACUUGGGGAAAAUUGACAUAACUGCGCAGUCAGAUCCACACGUCAACAAAUAUGAUUGCCGUGGAGCUGUCAGUUUGUCGUCUUCUAUGCAAAGCAAUGUUCCCAGCCCCUUCAGUGGAAACCAUACCCAUCUAAAUAUGCCAGGCUCACAGUGGGGCCAAGGGUACAAAUAUUUAUCUGAUCAUCUUCAUGGUGCUCAUUACUUGACGCUAAGAAAUGAGUAUCGUUCCAGAAUGACGAAAGACGCUGUUGGCAUAAAACAUAUGAGUACAGAUUCAAAACCACCACUGAGUGCCAAAGAAAAGUUAAAACAAGCCAUCAAAGAAUAUGGCUCAACAGUGAUUGUAUUUCAUAUUGGUAUUUCCCUGAUAUCAUUGGGGAGCUGCUAUCUUCUAAUAUCUAGUGGCAUCGACUUAGUUGCAGUUCUAAAAUAUUUAAACAUAAGUGAGGGCACUAUUUUGAAGGCAGCAGGAUCAAAUGCAGGCACAUUUGUUAUAGCAUAUACUGUUCACAAAUUCUUUGCGCCAUUUAGGAUAGCUAUAACACUCACUGCUACACCUUUUAUUGUGCGAUAUCUCAGAAAUGUAGGCGUUUUAAAGCGCAGUGUGACUACUGGUGGAGGGAAAUAA